AGUUGAUCUUGCUUCCAUAAGAGCUCGUCGAGAAUAUGAGGAAAAUUUAGGCCAGGAUUCGGUUCGCAAUGGGGAAUGUAGAUGACCGGACGUUUAAGCUGAAUUUCAGCUGCAAAGGAUUGACAAUGCUUCAGGAGCACGUGAAGAGGAAGCUCCAGGAGUUCAUGGGGGACUACACCGAUGAUACACACUCGUGUGUUGAUGUUGAACUGAAUUGGCUGAAGAUUCUGUUGCAUAAAGAAGAAGCAAGGAAUGAAUUGAAUGUUUUCCUUGGUGAUGACACUGACUGUUUCGUCUCUUGGUUGUGGGAUCAUCUUGGUUCAAAUUUGAAUAUAUACAUACAACAAAGAGAAGCCAUUCCUGAUGAUGUGAUCAAAGUAAGCCUUGCCAAUGGUGAAAAGGCUGUUAAGAAUGACACUUGUCAAUUGGGAUCUGAAUCUGAUAAAGUGAAAUCAGACAAAUCAAGGCCCCGCCACAGAAGAGAGUGGAAAGGAUUGGUGAGAGAUGCAAAUGAGCAGCCACAUUUACGGAGUGUUGUGGUUGAUGCCAGUCACAAAGAAGUGGUAAAACACAACAAGGUUGAUUGUAAACAACCAUUUUUCUCACCCAAAUCAGAAGUUCGGAGAAAGAGAAGUCAGCAUGAUUAUCAGCCUACAAAGACGAGAGAAGACAUUUCUAAAGCAACAAUUGUGGCUCCGCGGAGGUUGCUGCAAUUUGCUGAGCGAGAUGCUGUGGCUGCUUUGAGACCAUCCCAUUUAGCCACUGAGCCAUCACUGAAGCGCCUUUGCUCAGUGGUAUCUACGUCUUUGGAGGAUUCAUUGCCUGGGGAUUGCUUAACCGUUAAACAAUCAGGUGCAAGAGUAUCGGAUGCCAUAGUGACGGUUUCCAGAGUUGUUGCUGAAGCAGCCAAUGAUGUGACAAAACGUAAGCGUUCAGCUAAUGUGUUUGAUAGGCUUGGUCAUGAUUCGAACAGAUUGGUCACCUUGGAAAAGCUAGAGGAGAUGAGUGCAGAUGUCACUGAACAAAUGAAAGACAAGACAUUUGUUGAUGUGAUGGAAGUCCCCACUACUUACCAUCAAACGAAUUAUAGUGGACUUCGUGCUAGAAAAUUGCAUGGUUAUAAUGAGAUGGAUUUCUAUCCUGGGUCAGAUUAUGAAUGUUAUGCGAACAUUAAUGUUGUGGCUCAAGUGGAUUUGGGUGGACGAGAAGCAUAUGUUGGAAAAAAAGGCAUAAGGCCACUGGUGCGCAACAAAAAUGUGACCAAAACUGCUGCUGAAAGAAAACCCAAAGCACUGAAGGGUCAAGAUCAUCCUACAUCCAUUCCAAAUGCUUCUUGUAAUAUUAUGACUGGAUCCAUGAAUACGAAUACUUGGAAAUCGCCUCAAUAUCAGGAUCCUGUGAAGGUAUUGAAGAGAGAUGGCUGUGAAUCUGCAAAAAACAGCGGGGCUGUGGCAUCCAUGCCUUGCAUGCCAUUCAUGGAAAGGAGAAAUGAUCCUGUGACAGUUGAGAACGAGAGUUUGUGUUCUGCUUAUGCACUUCUAGAGGAUACGGAUUCCAGGACAAUCUUUGUCAAUAAUGUUCAUUUUGCUUCUACAAAGGAAGGUCUUUCACGGCACUUCAAUAAGUUUGGUGAAGUGCUUAAAGUGGUUAUUUUAACUGAUGCUGCGACCGGACAACCCAAAGGGUCAGCUUAUGUAGAGUUCAUGAAAAAAGGAAUCAGCAGAUCAUGCUUUAUCGCUUGAUGGAACCUCAUUCAUGUCACGUAUCCUUAAGGGCUAGUGCCUAAGGCAGAGUAUAACUGGGAUCUUCAGAGUCAAGGCAGAUGGAUGUUUAGAACAGAGCCAGAUGCUAUUAUGGGUUUCUUUAUGCCUGAUAUAUGCAGGUCGUUAAGAAAGGGUCCAUUCCUCC